AUGACGACUCUUCGGAGCGGCCGAGAGCUAAUUAGGCCUGAGAGGGAAGUAAAAGUCCAGGGUAGAGAAAAGGAAAGUCUAGGUAGGGACCAAGCCAAAGAGAGUGAGCGCGAGUCUCUUGUAGAGUCAAGUGUUCAGAGAUCGGGUAAGGAGAAAGUUGGGGAGAAUGAACCAUCCCCUGCAUCGUACAUACCGAAAGCACCCUUUCCUCAAUGCUUAGAGCCCCCAAAUGUCCCCACUACUAGGAAAAACGCUAGGAUGGAUGAAAUGAUUGAGUUGUUUAAGCAAAGGAAAAUGAAAUCUCACACACCUAAGACUGUACAUUUACCGAAAAAUGUAAGUGUGGUUGUCUCAAACCGCAUUCCCCCUAAGUUAAAGGAUCCUGGAGCUCCUAUUAUUUCUUGUGUGAUAGGUAAUGUCACGAUUGAUAGAGCACUCUUAGACUUAGGGGCGAGCGUGAACUUAUUACCCACUUCCGUGUAUGAACAGUUUAACUUAGGUGAGCUCAAGUCGACUGAAGUCAUACUACAGUUAGCUGACCGAUCGGUCAAAAUGCCUAGGGGCUUAAUUGAGGACGUGUUAGUUAAGGUUGAGGAACUAUAUUUUCCGGUGGAUUUUCUUGUCUUAGACAUGGAGUAUACGAGCAGUGGAAGUAUGCCACCGAUUAUUUUAGGGAGACCUUUUCUAGCAACGGCAAAUGCUUGCAUUAACUGUAGAUCUGGAGAGAUGGAAGUGUCUUUUGGGAAUAGGAAAUUGAGACUUAAUGUGUUUAAUGCUGGGUUAGGACCAAUGCGUGAGGACGAUAACGAGUGUUUCAUGGUUGAUGCUAUUGACAGUCUAGUGGAGGCUCACGCCCCACAGAUGUUAUGUGAUGAUGCAAUUUACACUCUUAUGAAUCCAUUUGUUGAGGAGAUAUCUAGCUUGAGUGUCGUGUCUGAGAUUCAGGAGGUUAGUGCGUAUAUAGCUAGGUCGCCCACUCUAGAGCGUCGACCUUGGAACAUCAAGUAUGAAACCUUACCACCUUUGUCUAAGACGACACAACCGAGGUCCAUUGAGUCUCCACCAGUCUUAGAGUUGAAAGCCUUGCCUGAUACUCUAAAGUAUGUUUUCCUAGGACCCAACAAGACCUUACCCGUGAUCAUUGCCGCCAACUUAGAUAGUGAGCAAGAGGAGAGAUUAGUGGCGGUCUUGAUAGCACAUAAGGAAGCAAUCGGUUGGUCGGUAGCCGAUUUGCGAGGGAUUAGCCCUUCUUUGUGCAUGCAUCGCAUAUUUUGUGAGGAGAAUGCUAAACCGGUGCAUGAAGCUCAAAGAAGGUUAAACCCGAACAUGAAGGAGGUAGUGAAGAAAGAGGUGAUCAAAUGGCUUGAUGCGGGUAUCAUUUACCCUAUAUCCGACAGCCAAUGGGUGAGUCCAACCCAUGUUGUACCUAAGAAGAGUGGCCUCACUGUUGUUGAAAAUGAAAAAGGUGAGCGAAUUCCUACCCGUACUCCCACAGGAUGGAGAGUUUGCAUUGACUAUAGGAAGCUCAACCUAGCCACUAGGAAAGAUCAUUUCCCGCUCCCAUUUAUUGACCAAAUCCUAGAAAAACUCGCAGGGCAAGCUUUCUAUUGUUUUCUGGAUGGCUAUUCCGGAUAUAACCAAGUACCAGUUGCCCCCGAAGACCAGGAAAAGACCACGUUUACAUGUCCUUUUGGCACGUUUGCCUUUCGUCGCAUGCCCUUCGGGUUGUGCAAUGCACCGGCAACGUUUCAAAGGUGCAUGUUAUCGAUAUUUUCUGACAUGGUGGGUCAAUUCCUUGAAGUCUUCAUGGAUGAUUUUUCUGUGUUUGGUACAUCUUUUGAUGAUUGUCUCGAAAAACUUGAGUUGGGGAUAUCAGUGGAUAAGGCAAAGGUAGAGUUGAUUUCUCAACUACCACCGCCUUCGUCUGUCAAACAAAUUAGAUCUUUCUUAGGCUAUGUAGGAUUUUAUAGGCGUUUCAUCCAGAAUUUUAGCAAGAUCUCCAAGCCUUUGUGUGAUUUGCUUGCUAAAGAUGUGCCAUUUGUUUUUGAUGACUCUUGUAUGAUUGCCUUUACCAUUUUGAAGGAAGCGUUGACCACAGCACCCAUCAUGCAACCUCCUGAUUGGAGCCUACCUUUUGAAGUGAUGUGUGACGUGUCGAACUAUGCCAUUAGUGUAGUCCUUGGCCAACGGGGGAAUAAAAAGCCCAUUGUGAUCUACUAGUCUGAUGCUCAAUGUAAUUACACCACUACGGAGAAAGAGUUGCUUGCAGUAGUGUUUUCCCUUGAUAAGUUCCAGUCUUAUCUUCUUGGGUCUAGGAUAGUUGUCUUUACAGACCACGUUGCAGUUAGGUAUUUGUUAGCCAAGAAAGACAUUAAGCCUAGACUAAUUCGAUGGAUUUUGCUGUUGCAAGAGAUUGAUAUAGAAAUCAAAGAUAAAAAGGGUAGUGAUAAUGUGGUCGUCGACCACUUGUCUAGACUCUUUACAGAGUAUGUCCCUGGUCAAUAUUUGAAUGAAUCUUUCCCAGAUGAGCAACUGUUUGCGAUAUCCCAAUGCAAUGCACCUUAGUAUGCCCAUAUAGUCAAUUACUUGGCCGUAGGACAAUUACCAUUAGGGUGGACCAAAACUCAAAAAGAUAAUUUCUUUGCAACCAUCAAGCAUUAUUUUUGGGAAGACCCAGACCUUUUCAGGGUGUGUACAGACCAGAUAGUUAGGAGAUGUGUUCCCGACCAUGAGUUUUGUACUUCAUGUCAAAAAGUAGGGCAUAUUGGUAGACGAGAUAUGAUGCCCUUGAAUCCUAUUUUGAUUGCAGAAGUGUUUGAUGUGUGGGGUAUUGAUUUCAUGGGUCCAUUUCCUUCAUCUUUUGGCUUUGAAUAUAUCUUGCUUGCAGUAGAUUAUGUGUCUAAAUGGGUAGAAGCCCUUGCCACUAGCACCAAUGAUCAUAAGGUGGUCAUCAACUUUGUUCAAUCGUACAUCUUUAGCCAUUUCGGUCAUCCGCGCGCCAUCAUCAGUGAUGAUGGCUCACAUUUCACCAAUAGGCACUUUGGCUCACUAUUGAAAAAGUACUCAAUCACCUAUCGAGUUGUCACACCUUAUCACCCUCAAACUAGUGGACAAGUGGAACACGCUAAUAGAGAAAUUAAGACUAUCUUAGAGAAAAUGAUGAAACAUAAUGUUACUACCAAAUCAGCCAGUAUUAGAGGACUAUUUGGAAAGCCAACAAAAGUGAAGCUCAAAACAUAUAGCUGGCUUUGGGGUGAAAUCCCUUCCAAGAGUAGCCUCUUUCUUCUUGCUCACUUGCAGAGCUUUAACCUUGCUAACAAUGACUUCAAAGGUUCUCUGAUUCCUUCUGGCUUUAGUCGACUCCCAAGUUUGGUACUCCUUAACCUCUCUUACUCCUACUUUUCAGGUCAAAUUCCAUUGGAAAUCUCUCACUUGUCUAAAUUAGUUUCACUUGACCUCUCUCUCAAUUAUAAGCUGAGAUUUGAAACACUUGUUUUGGAAGGGCUAGUUCAAUAUUUGACAGAGUUAAAAGAGCUUGUUCUUGAUCAAGUAAAUAUGUCAAGCAUAGCAGCAGUUUCCUUGACAAGUCUAUCCUCUUCUUUGAUAUCUCUAAGUCUCAGUGGUUGCAAACUGCAAGGAAAGUUUCCGGAAAAACUCUUCCGCUUACCAAAUCUAGAGACACUUGUUUUAGAGGAUAACCCCUCUUUGAGAAUUGUUUUUCCGAAGGUUAAUUGGAGCAGUCCCCUCAAGGUUUUGAUGGUUGAUUCCACGAUGUCAGAAGGAGAAUUACCUGAUUCAAUUGGCGAUUUGAAAUCCUUGAUGUUUCUGGGUCUUGCAAAAUGCAUUUUUAUAGGACCAAUUCCUGAAGUACUUGGUGAUGACCUGCUAGAAAUGGGACAACUUCCUGUUGGAUAUUCAAACCAGUUUUUGGAGACAAAGUUUCAGCUUCUGUUUUUGUUAUGA